AUGGAAACAAUAUCUGUAAAUAAUGGGACAACAUUUUCGCAAUCUCCUCAAGUUUAUAAAUUUAUCACUGAAUGUCCAGACUAUUUAUCAUCUAGUGGAAAUGACUUCAGUUGUAGCAGUAGUAAUAGUAACCAUUGUGAUAGUGAUAGUGAAUUCGAUUCACAUGGAGGAGGCAUUGGCGGUGGCACUGGCGUUGGCCACGUUGGCUCUAAUGACGUGCAUAUGACGAUGAAUCUCCCAGAAGGUAAUAGUCCUACUUCUACUGUUGGUGCUGCUGCAUCCUUGUCUUGUAUUCAUCCAUCACCGACAGCUGGCAGUAAACGUCGACUAGUUGUCAGCAGCAAUACUGAUGACACUAUCAGCGCCACCGCCGCCACCAGGAACAACAACAACAGUAACACUCCUCUAGUAUUCACUCAACAAUCAUCAACCUUUUCAUCCGAUGAACAACAUUAUUUACCCGGUGAAAAGUUAACACGUGGUAAACAAAAAAUCCCUAUUGAAUUUAUCUCUGAACGUACUAAAAGAUAUUCAACCUUUUCAAAACGUAAAACCGGUUUAAUGAAAAAAGCUGUUGAAUUGGCUGAAUUAACCGGUGCUGAAGUCCUUCUACUGGUUGCUUCAGAAACAAAUCAUGUCUAUACAUUUGCAACACAACGAUUGAAAGGUAUUAUUGAAUUGGAGUGUGGAAAAAAAUUGAUUCAAACAUGUUUAAGUUCAUCGGGGAAUUCAGCAAAUUUAUCGAUGAUGAAAACUCAUUGUCAGGAUCUCAAUAUUAAUACUACUAAUACUAAUAAUUCCAUUAGAAGUCAAAAUGUCAAUGAAUCGGAUAGUGGUUGUAAAAAGGAGAGAGAUACUACUACUACUUCUACUACUACUGGUAAUAGUGUUAGUAGUAUCGAUACAACCAUACAUAAAGAUCCUGUUGAAUCUACAGACAUCAGUGAUAAGAAUACGACAGUAAUCCCAAAUUCGAACCUCGCUGGUGGUGAUGAUGAUGGUACCCUUCUACAAAUUUCAAAUUUAAAUCCUAAUGAUAUUUCCCAGGAUUCUAGUCAAUUGGAUUGUUCUAAUGUAUCUCUAGAGCAUGGAAUUAUCACUGAUAAUAAUAAUAAUAAUAGUAAUAAUAAUAUGCCUCAGAUAACUUAUACCAUGAAUCCAUCUGAGACUAACCAUCAAAUGGUAUAUGUUCCAGUGAGUGUAUUCCCCAAUCCACUAACUCCAUUAUCAUCAAAUAUUCUAUUGACAACUGCUCAAAUGACCGCUGUUGCUGCUACUGGGGCCACCUCCGCUUCUUCUACUACUAAUACUACUACUAUUACCAAUACUAACACUCUUCCCCAUCAAUUGCUCUUCUUACCACAGUUUACCACACUCCCAGCGUAUUCUAUCCCAUCAAAUCCUGUUGUAUUCAAUAGUAAUUUAUCUACAUUAAAUCAAUUGAAUGUGAAUUUAGUAAACUUUUUAAAUGUUAAUGGUGAUAUUCAUAAUACUAAUACUGUCACUAAUAAUAAUAACAGUAAUGGACCUGUGGAGGUAUCUACAAAUUCCACUACUCCUCCUUCUCCUUCACCUCCUCUCACAGCUGUUACAACACAGUCAAAUAAUCUUAUUUCAGAGAUUAGUCAGUAUAAGAAAGAAUUCAUGUAAAUAGAUUUUUUUCUUUUCUUUUCUUUUCAACCUCUAGAGGUACUUGAAUAUGCCUUCAUUUUUAAUAUAAUAUAAUUGAUGAUUUAAUUGAUUUUUUCUAUUUUAAAAUACUUCCUACUGUCUCCUCCUCUCUUUCUUGUCGUCUUAUUUAAUGACUUACUUAACCACCUAUCGGCCCAGCUGCCUGCCUUCCCGCCUGCCUACCUACCUUGUGUACAAAUACUUUAUUGUUAAUUAUUAUUAUUAAUAUUAUCAUUAUUAUUAUUAUCGCUAUAUAAUAUUUGCUUGUUAAUAUAUUUUGGUAAGUUGAUUAUUUUCAGAGCUUAAUUUUUUUUUAAAUGCUUAUAGAUUAUAAA